AUGGUAACGGUCUUGAUAGCGACACAAACUCUCUCAGUACUGGGUGUUGAUAUGCGUGCAGCAGACAACAAGAGAGUCCACAACACCAGCAGAUACAAGAACACCAACCUCAUUGUGCGCAGGAAUAAAGAAUUCAUCAUCACCAUCAGCUUUGACCAACCCUUCAAUAACCAGCGGGACAAUGUGCAGAUUGAGUUCCUGAUUGGCAGUUCACCUGAUGAAACCAAGGGCACCUACAUCAUUUUGUCCAUUGGAAUAGAGAAACUUUUUGGGCGCUGGAAGAGUCGUGUGGUGGAAACACGAGGCAAUAUUGUGACAGUGGGCGUAACACCAGACGCCAGCUGCAUCAUUGGCCGCUUUCGAACCUUUGUUGUGGUUGUGAGUGAUUUUGGAAAACAGCGCACUCAGAGGAACCCCGACACCGAUUUCUAUGUGCUUUUCAAUCCUUGGGACCCCGCGGAUCAGGUGUACAUGCCCAGAGAAACCGACAGACAGGAGUAUGUAAUGAAUGAUGUGGGGAUCAUCUACAAUGGAGAAUUCAACAACAUUACCUCCCGUUCAUGGAACUUUGGGCAGUUUGAACAGGGGGUUCUGGAUGCCUGUCUUUUGGCUCUGGAUGCUGGGAAAGUACCAAUACUGUACCGAGGAAAUGCCACUGAAAUUGUUCGGCAAGGAUCAGCUCUGAUGAACUCCCAGGACGAUGAUGGUGUCCUGGUUGGCAACUGGAGUGGUGAUUACUCCAUUGGCACAGCACCCACUGCCUGGACAGGAAGUCCUGAAAUCCUGCUAAAAUAUGCCAAAGAGGGUUGUGUGCCUGUGUGCUUCGCUCAGUGCUGGGUGUUUGCCGGGGUGCUGAACACUUUUAUGCGCUGUCUCGGGAUCCCUGCACGGGUCAUCACCAAUUUCUGCUCAGCUCAUGACAACACAGGCAACCUGAAGACAGAUAUUGUGCUGGAUGAAGACGGGAGAGUGGACCGAAGCCGAACAAGAGAUUCAGUCUGGAACUACCACUCCUGGAAUGAGGUAUACAUGAGGAGGCCUGAUCUGCCUGAAAAAUUCUCUGGCUGGCAGGUGGUUGACUGCACUCCUCAGGAGAUCAGUGAUGGUCUUUAUCGAUGUGGCCCGACGUCUGUCAAUGCCAUCAAAGAGGGAGAGCUCAGCUAUCCGUUUGAUGCAAAGUUUGUCUUUGCAGAGCUGAACAGUGAUGUGAUUUACCGUCAAUCUGACAAGUAUGGAAAUUCAAAGGUCCUCUAUGUGGACACUGCGUAUGUGGGAAAGGUCCUUGUCACCAAAAGGGUGAACAGUAACACCUAUGAGGAUAUCACUUCUAACUAUAAAUAUCCAGAAGGCAGUGACAAGGAUAAGCAGACCAUGCAGAAUGCAGAGCGUCGUGGCGUUCCUACGAGGGAUUACUUGCCAAUCACCGAAGCAGGUGUGGACAUCGAGCUCCAGGCUGACACCAUCAAAAUUGGUGACAACUUCAAGCUGACAAUGAACAUCAAGAACCAGACCAGCCAAACCUGCACCGUCAGUGCCACCAUCACUGGCUCUGCGGUGUAUUACACAGGUGUCACCAGCACAACCUUUACGCUCGAAAAAAGAACUGCAACUGUGAAUCCAUGGAACACCACAAAACUGAUGAUAGAUGUGCAAGCUGUGGACUACAUGCCCUACCUGGUAGAACAGGCCAACUUGCUCUUUGUGGUGUACGGACGCAUUGAGGAAACCGGCGUGUCCCUUUCGACAAUGAGAGUUGUCACUCUCCGUCCUCCUGAACUCACAAUAAAGGUGACUGGAAUGCCCCGGGUUGGCAAGGAUCUGUUGGUCAUCAUGUCAUUCCGAAAUCCCUAUAAUUUCAUCCUGAAAAACGUUCAGCUCCGCCUUGAUGCACCUGGUCUGAUAACGACCAGAAUGAAAUCAUAUGAGCAGAUUCUACCUGGUGGCUCAGUGCAAUACACUGAAACCAUCACCCCUCAGACUCCUGGGAAGAAGAUGCUGAUAGGGUGUCUGGACUGCGCUGCACUGAGGCAGGUCACCAAUCAGCUGGAAAUCAACGUGCUGUAACGAAUAACUGAUUGCCAUGAGGGAACGGGAGAGAAAAGACAGAGGAGAAAGAGAAAGGAUGGAUUGGAAAGGGUUCCCAGUACCAUUUUGGUGUGUUGCUUUGCUUUCUUCACUAAUAUUAUCAAAAUACAAACUAAUGUUAAUUUUUUUUAUUUCUUUACAUAACAAUCAUACCCAUAUCUGCCAACAUUGGAUUGUUAAAAUAGGGAGAUUUAUAUGGGUACUGUCAUGGUUCAUGUGGUAAACUUAAUGAUACAGAGGAAUGGGCCUACAAGCAUUUUUAAGCAAAAGCUCAGUUAGCCUAACUGUACAAAAUACAAAAUCAACCCAUGGUCCUGUCCCAAAUGAAACCCUUAGCCCUUGUAGACUUCCUCUGAGUCCACUCUUUCGUGACCUAAUGCCGCUUUGACUGCAGAGUUAGAAGUCUGGUGAGGAGCUCGCAAGGAUGCAUAUCGGCCGCAAGGGGGCACUAAAAUGACAAAUGGGACAUCCUACGGUCUUGUGGACUCAACGGACACGUGCACGUGGUAACCAUUGUAAGUCCACAAGACCGCAAAAGCACACGAAGUGUGCCAUUUGGGACAGGGCCUGAGAACAUUUUCGUGGGUGCGCUCAAAUUUCGCAAGCUCACGUGAAAAUAUGACCUACAUAAAAAUCUCUUUCACAUGCUCAGAUUUUCAAGUAGGCCUAAGUGCGAAAGUGUUCUCGUGCCACGCGAAAAUCUGAGAGUGUGACAAAAUGAGAGCUAUGAAAUAUAAUAAAGGUCUAUUGGAAUUUAAAAGAAAUUAUAAAAGAUUCUUUGAAAUUACACAUGAAUUUAAAUUACAUAUGACUUGUGUAACUUAAUUAACACAGCAUUAAU